CGAGGGUAGUGAUUGGUUAAGUUUUUUGUUGCUAAACUGAAUUGACCCGGAUGUGAAAAUGAAACAGUGCAGCUAAUACUAAAGAUCGUUUUAUUAAUGCUAUGAUGUCCAACCGUGACGGCCCACCAGAGCCGGCUGGACUGGAUGGUCUACCUCCAAUGUUCAGCAUCGCCAAAGGAGAGGUGGUCUCUGUGCAAAGUUAUGGAGCCUUUGUCCGCCUGCCAGGAUACAAGAAGGAAGGUCUCGUACAUGUGAGUGAGAUGUCUGCUUCACGGGUUGAAAAUGCAUCUGAGCUUGUGGAUGUGGGAGAACAGGUGUGGAUUAAAGUCAUUGGGAGAGAGAUUCAUGGUGACAAGGUGAAGCUGUCCUUCUCCAUGAAAUCUGUCAAUCAAGGAACAGGGCGGGACUUGGACCCCAACAAUGUUAUGGCCGAGCAGGACGCACGAAGACGAAAACAGUUUAAAGACCACACAGGCAACAGAAUCACACUGGAGGCUGUACUCAAUACAACAUGUUCAAAGUGUGGCUGUAAAGGUCACUUUACCAAGGACUGCUUCUCCACUCCGGGCUUGCAGUACGCUCUUCUGCCUGAAGAGGACGACGAAGAACCCCAGCAGCAGACCUCGACCUCUGCAAAAAGACAAGACUCAGAGAAAAAGAAGAAGAAAAAGAAGGAGAAAAAAAUGAAGAAGAGGAAGAGGGAAAGAAAGGAGUCAGAGAAUGACAGCAGUGGCAGCAGCAGUAGUGAAUGCAAAUCCAAGAGGAGGCGCCACGAUCACAGUCAUGACAGAGAGGACAAAACUAAGAAAAAACACAAAAAACAUAAGUCUCACAAACACAGCUGAGGCACAUGACUGCACAGCGACAACACAUUGCAGCUAUGACAGACACAUGAAGGGGAAGUGGGCAGAAACAGACACAGUGACAGACUUCCAGCAGCUUUUAAUAUUUCCACCAAACUGCUUAGAAUAGAAACACUGUUAAUUUUAGUAAGGCUGUCACUGUACUUGAAUAUACCACGUUUAUUAUGUCAGGUAAACAGCAUAUUCCAUUUGGAUACUCUGAAUCAGGACUUUUUUUUCCCCAAAUACAGUAUUUUCUGACUAAUGCAUGAUAUUUUGGAUUUUUUUUGGAUGUGUAUAUAGGAUUUAAUGCGCCCUGUUACGAUCGGCUGGAGUAGAGACAAAGAUCCUUUCUGGUCUUGAUGCAUGCUGCAAAGAAAAGUCUACAUUUCUGGUAGGAAGGAGAAAUAAUAUGAAAGAGGACAGUAACAGUUUUAUCAAUCAAAAUGCAUGUCUUUUCCAGAAGGUGUCUAAGAGUGGGAGGCUGAGUUCACACAGUGGAACAUCUGCCACCAUUUGAAAUCCCUCUUUUUAAUCAGAGUAUGAACAGCUGCAUGUAGAAAAGAAUAUCAGUGGAAUUUAUGGAUUCACUUUCAUUAUCCAUGGAGGCAGCUUGUUAGGAAUUUAGUCUUUUUUUG